AUGAUGGAACAUAAAAUAAUAUCCCUGUUAUUUAAAAAAAUUUCUACUUUUAUCAUUUUAAGUUGGAUAUGUCAUAUAUAUAUGAAUACGCAUAAUAAAUCUUUGAUCGAAAGCUGCAAACAUCGUAGAAAUUUUCAUAUAACAAAUUAUCAUUUAAUGGAAAAUUAUAUGCAGGAUAAGGACUCAAGUAUUAUGUAUUUAAAAGAAAAGAUACCAAGGGGAGUUGACGAUAAAAAUAAUAUAUACAAUAAUGAAAAAAUGAACUCAGGAACAAACAAACAAACAAACGGAAAUUCAACAAACAAUAAAAGAGAUCAUAAAAAGGUUAAGAAGAAUAAAUCUAGUACAUUUGAAACCAAAAAAUAUUCUCAUUUUGAAAAGAAAAUAUUCAAAAAUCUGGAUUAUGUAGAUUUCCUACAAAAUAAUAAGACAAUUAGUGAAAAGCUUUACAAAAAAAUAAUACUUAAAAAAUACUUGUUAAGGAUCGUUCUUCCUAUUAUGUUGUUCUUUUUGUUAUUUAUAGCAUUCAUAGUAGAAUUUUUUUCAGGUUAUGGAAUUUCAAAUGAGAUAUAUAUUUUAUUGUAUAAAUAUCUUGAAAAAAGUGGGGUGAAAAAUUUAGCAAGCAAAUGA